UUCCAAUAACGCAAAAUGAUCAUGGAUACAUGCCUGACCCAAGAAGAUUAAAUAACAAUCAUAAUAAUAUUGUCCAACAACAUCAAUCAACUUAUGUCUUACAGCAGCGCCCACCUACACCUCCACAUUCGAUUGUACUGAAAGCACCUACAUAUACUGCUCCAGGAUUCAUUAUUGAAAAUAAAAAUGUUCCUCAACAUUUGCUUUCUAAAAAAGUGUUAAAUGAUCAUAUCUUUAAUGGUAAUAAUCAUCUGCAGCUAAUUGAUGUUCAACAACCUUCUCAUUCGAGUUUUCAGCAUCCAUCAGUUUAUCAAGUGCAGCAAACGGGUUCUCUACAGCAACAAACAUCUCGUCAACAUCAGCAAUCAGAUAAUCAGCAACCACAACCAAGUCAUCUGCUUCAGGACGGAAUUAUCACUACACCAGAGAAACCGUUGCGCGUUCAUAUAAAACAGCAACAAAAAAACAAGAAGCAGAAGCCAACAGAAGAAAUUCAUUUGUCUGAUGAUGAACCGGAAAUGGGAGUGAAACCUUGUUCGUCAAAAUAUCUCAAUGAUGUGUUGUUUCGUUAUCCACAAAAUGCUAAUGAUUCCUGCUCGGUACAUAAAUCUGAUCUUAAACAUCUUGCUCUUGAUGUGAUGUUGAACGAUACCAUAAUUUACUUUUACCUCAAAUAUAUUCAUUAUAGGUUUCAUUUACCUUUUAAAUUUAUUCUCAUCCUUUAUCUUUAUAGUCUUGUCCCCGAAGAAAGGAGGGAUCGGAUAUACAUUUUUAACUCAUUUCUCUUUGAAAGGCUUACACAGGCUCCUGCUCAUGGAAAAACGCAGGUUACACUGGCUACGAGAAUAAAGCGGGUUGUGUUUAACUUUCAAGCGGUUAAGAAUUGGACAAAAAAAGUUGAUAUCUUCUCUAAAGAUUAUGUCGUUGUACCCAUAAAUGAAGAAAUUCACUGGUAUUUGGCCAUUAUUGUAAAUCCUCAUGCUGGCGUUUUUGAUAUGGAUGGCGAGGCAAAGUAUAAUCCAUCUGAUAGCUCCGGACCUUUUCUAAUUUUAAUCGAUCCUGCACUGGAUAAACAUCUCGAUGUUAGGCAACAACUGAGUGAGUACUUACACUUAGAAUAUGCUGACAAACAUAAGAAGGAUGGAAAAUACUUUAAAAGGGAGUCACUACAGGUCAUCCAGCCUACUCUUAUUCCUCAACAAAAAGGAUAUAUUGAUUGUGGAUUAUUUUUGUUGCAUUUUGCAGAGCUUUUUCUUUCGAUUUCGAAUCGUGCUUCAUUUCGAUGCUGGUUCCAUGAUUUCCAAAUUCAGCAUAAACGGAAUCAAAUUCAACAAAUAAUUCGUCAAGUGGCACCUCAUGUGAAACCUUCAAUGUUUAUCUAUCAGCCAACGCCUAAUAAUAACACAAAAAAGACUAGAAAAUCGAAGAGACAACAACCCCUUUUGGAAGCAUUCCCUUUGAUUGGAAGAGAUCGACGUCAAAGCGAAUCUAGAGUUAGUGAGAUUGCACGUGACCCUCGUUUUUCAGUUCUAUAUCGUCCCAGAUCUUGUGAUUCUCUUAUCGCAGAGAAUAAAGAGAGGCCGUUAGUUCUUCAGCCUCCAACUAUUUCGGAAAUGAAACGUUACAAAAAGAUCAGGAACCCUUUAAUAGAUGCAAUAAUUUAG